GGUCUCUUACCGAAUAUCAAAACAACUUUGUGAACCUCUAACCCGUGAGCAUGAGGAGGACAACAAGCAAAUAAUUCUGAUCCAAAUCAAAGGCGUUUUUUUUGACAGCGUCCAUUACAAAAGCCUCUUUUCUCAGGGACCAGCAUGUCUCGAGGAACCUUUUUCUUUACAUCCACUGCCUUGCGUUCCCUUGAGCUAGACAAGGAGGAGCUGGAGAGAAACCGGCACAAAACACAACUGGCCUCCCAUCACCUUAGCACUUAUAUGCAGAGGAAAGAGUCUGUGAACAGAACGUCUUGGAGAACCAGCUUUGUCCAGCGUCCUCUUCUGUGCCAAGAUGUGGUGAUCCAGAAUGCCGUCUACACAGGAAACCUGGAGGCUCUGCAAAGACUUUUUCCUAGAGGAUCCAUAGCUAAUGUUGUCAUUGAACCUCAAGGAGGGGACAUGCGCUGGGUCGCCCGGGGAGAAGGACUUUGGUCACUCACCUAUGAGCAAGAGCUGACAACGCCGCUUCACAUUACUGCCAGUAGAGGUUUUGCAGACUGCUUGGAUCUCCUGCUGCAACGUGGUGCAAACGUGGACCUGGCACCUGGUGGAGUCACUGCCCUGCACGAGUCCUGUGAAAACUGCCAGCCAGAGUGCACCAAACUGUUGCUGGCUUAUGGCGCCAACCCCAAUGCCGUCUCUGAAGAUGGGCUUAUGCCUUUGCAUGUUUGCACAAGCCCUGAAUCUUUGGAAUGUGCCAAACAUCUCCUUCAGUACGGUGCAACAAUCAACGGUCACAGUCUGGAUGAAAACGACACCCCCUUACAUGUUGCAGCCAGGCACGGCCUCCCCCACCAUGUCGACCUCUACCUGAGCUACGGCACCGCUUUAGACGAACAAAACGAUGAGGGCUUCACUCCCCUUAACUCCGCCUGCUCUCAGCCUCAGGAGCUGCAGGACCUGGAGCGUUACUAUAAGGUGUGCCAGAGGCUGCUGGAGGCGGGAGCAAGCCUCCACAUCAAGGACCAGGACAAACACACUCCUCUGCACAUGGCCUGCAAGAAUGUGAAUCCAGAUAUAGUGGAUCUGCUGCUCGCUAAGGGUGCCUGUGUGAACGACAUGGACUACGGGGGAGAGGCUCCCAUGCACAACGUCUUGAAAGUGGUGUGUUACAAAGCUUCCCAUCAGCCGGAGAGGAUCGUCCGCGCUCUUCUGAAUUAUGGCUCAAUCAGGGUGUGGCCUGGUGCUCUACCUAAGGUUCUGAAACACUGCUCAGAAUCUCCUCGCACCAUCGAGGUUCUCCUGAACGCCUACAGUCACCUCAAAGUCACAGACACCUGGCUUGAGUCUGUGUCUACAGAGGCUUUUGAGAAACACAAAGACUUUUACGAGUCAGUCUUCUCCUUGGCAAUGAAGCCUCGAUCUCUGCAGCACUUGGCGCGCUGCCGGGUCAGAACCUUCCUGGAGGGGCGGCUGCACAAAGUGGUCCCAGAACUGGAUCUGCCCACCUUCAUCAAAAACUAUUUACUCCUGGACUACAGAGGAUAUGUCCACUAAAUGCACCUCGUCCUUUUUGGAUCAUGCAGCCCAUUGUGAUGCUUUGCUGACAGUGGCUGAUAUUAAAUAUUGAUAAAUAUUUGAAUGUUUAACCUUUACAUCAGAUGACGUUGCAAUUUUCUUUUUAUUGGUGUCACUUUCUACCAAAGUCAACAGUUAAAUGCUUUUUCCACAAGAGGGAGCUAUAGACAAGAACUAUUAAAGUAAAAGAUUUGAUUUCUGUUUUAAACGUGUUUUCUUAAUUAUUUCUAGUUGCCUUUUGUGAUUUUAAAGUGAGCAUCGUGGGUUUAAUGUUAUAAAGGAUAAUUCAUAACAUAGUUGGAUGGAUUUGUUUAAUUUUAGGAGGAUGUUUUUUAUUUAUUUCAGAAUAAAAUGUGAUGCUGCAUCGUG